AGCUUCUCUGCCCUCACUCGGUCGGGCUGGCUGUGUCCUUCUUCCCAUUCUCACACAAAAACCAAUUCACGACUCGCCGUCCUCCCGUCCCCGACCCCGGCCCCUCUCGUAUGCGGCUGGCGGGUCGUCACUUUGCCGCCACCGCCACCCUCCUUUUCUUCCUAUAACACUAGUUCACAAUGGACAGGAGAACCUUGCAAAGGAUGCAUUCGACGCUAUCGUCGUCACCAUCGUGCCCAUCGUUACGCGAAUCGGAGGACGAGCUGAAGCACAUGGCAUUGGCACCACCGCGCCUGAAGAACAAGAAGCGUCUAUCGAAGCAGCUCUCCAUGUGCGAGACGCCUCGCGACCUCGCGUGGGAGAAGCGACGACGGCAGAUGCUCCGACCAGAACGCAAAAGGAACGGUGUGACCGAUAGGGACGACCUGACGGACGAGGAUUGGAACGAGCUGAAAGGAUGCAUUGAGCUAGGGUUUGCGUUCAAUGAGGAAGAUGGCGCGCACAAGCUGUGUGGGACGUUGCCGGCACUCGACCUCUACUUUGCGGUUAACAGACAGCUUUCACCGAGCCCGGUGUCGACACCGCAGAGCAGCGCCUCGACGUCGUCUCUCGGCGGAAGGUCUUCAUCAUUUGAGAGCCCUAAGAGUGAUUCUGAUACAUGGAGGGUUUGCAGCCCAGGUGAAGACCCAAAGCAAGUGAAGGCAAAACUAAGACAUUGGGCUCAAGCUGUGGCAUGUUCAGUAAUGCAAUCCUUGGGAGAAAAAUAAGGAAAAUUUGUGGGGAAAUAUGUUGUACAGAUCAGAGGAAAAAUAAAAUUAAAAAAAAUGAAAAAAAGAAGCAGAAGGGGUUUGAUUUCAAACCCUCAAACUUAGGGUUUGGUGCUGCUUAAGCAUAAAUUAAUUCUACAAUGCUCUUGUAGUUUUAAAAACAAGAAUUUUAAUCUCUCUGGUUUGGAGCUAGCUUCCUUAUAUAUAUAUUUGAGGGCCAAAGGAAAAGAAGCCAGAGGCAUUGAUGGGAACUUUGGUAUAUAAUUAAUUUAGGGAAAAGAAAAUGUUCUUUUCAUUAUUAUUCAA